AUGGCAUCCUCGCGUCACGUCGUGCUGGAGAUCCAGAAUGUGCAGGAGUUUGUACAGCAUAUUCUCAAGUCGCAUGCUCCGCCAUCGACUCUGAUUAUCUGCUCCUCCAAAGAAGAGUUCUUGACGGCUUUCAGAGAGCCACCGGCGACGACCUCGAGGAGCAUGGAUGGCCUUGACGACUGGCUGCAGAUACCGACUCUCCGGCUCUUAUCGACUUCACGCACGCUCAAAUUGGCCUUCUGUCCAGAUAUAACGCAUCUUCGCGCUUAUCUGGCUGUCUACGGCGUCAACGUGGCGAAACGAGCUGGAGAGACGGACACUGCUUUGCGUCGACAAGAUGCACAGCCUAUCCUCGCCAUUCUGAACCCUCUCGAGUUGCAUCGACCGACUUCAGCGUUUUCUGCACAAGGGCUGAACAGGACCUUCGCUAACGCUGUCGAGGCGGCGCACAGCACGAACAGCAAGCUGAUCCUAGCCGAAUGGCAACCGCAGACCGAAGACCUCAGCAGUUCACAUGGCCAGAGGCAACCGAGCCCAUGGGACGAAGAACUUCCAAUACUUAACAUGACAACCAAGCGCUUAGGUGACCUAUCAGUCGGCCGGACUGUCAAAGCUCGAACAGUUGCUCAGCGCUGGUGCACUUUCGAACAAAUGCCGCAGCCUGUGCGCUACUGA